AUGACUCUUUUGGGUUCGACUCGGUUGAAUCUAGCUUUCAUUGGAUUCUUGGGUUGUGUGAUAGUAUACGCGCUACGUAGUAAUGUCAGUUUUGCAAUUGUUUGCAUGGUCAAUAGCACCGCUGUGGAAAUGUCUGAUUCUAAUAAUGUUAACAGUAGUGGAAAAAUUGUAACAUGUCAAGCACAUAGCGCAGAUACAGAAGAUCAAAGUGAUAUGGCCAUGGGUGAAUUGGUUUGGUCAAAACCUGUACAAGGUUAUGUACUGAGUGCCUUUUUCAUGGGAUAUAUUUGUAGUCAAAUUCUUGGUGGUUAUUUAGCUGAUCGAUUUGGUGGCCGACUAGUGAUUGGUAUAUCAGUUUUUGUAAAUGCUUUUCUUACUUUGGUCAGUCCUAUAGCUGCAACGACCAGUCCAUAUGCAUUUAUCGCCGCGCGAGCUCUUCUUGGUUUUAUGCAGGGGUCAAUAUUCCCUGCAUUUCAUACUAUGUGGUCAAUGUGGGCACCACCUUUGGAAAGAAGUCUCUUAACUGGUAUAACUUAUGCAGGUGGCCAAAUAGGUAAUACCCUUGUAAUGCCAUUAUCUGGUUUACUCUGCAAGUAUGGAUUUGCUGGCGGUUGGCCUUCAAUAUUUUACGUUCUCGGUUUUCUUGCUCUCAUGUGGAGUGUUCUUUGGUUUUUUUAUGUUUCUGAUAAUCCUUCACGUAGUACACGUAUUUCAAAGAGGGAACUAAAAUAUAUUGAAGAUUCAUUAGCUGAUACAAUGUUGUUAGAUGCUAAGAAGAAGAAGCGAGCAGUUCCUUGGUCAUCCAUACUAACAUCAGUUCCGGUUUGGGCGAUAUUUUGUGGACAUUUUGCUGGUGAUUGGGGUGCAUAUAUUAUGAUGACCAGUCUUCCGCUUUACAUGAAAAAUGUCCUGGGACUAGAGUUUACUUCGCUUGGAUUUUUAAGUUCAAUCCCAUACAUAGCAUAUUUUGUAUUUAUUAAUUUGGGUGGUUUUGUGGCAGAUAAAUUGAGGAAUGGAAAUGUUCUCUCUACCAUAGCGACCCGACGACUUGGAAGUCAGGCUUUGUUUUUGAUAGCAAGUGGUUAUUGUGGAUGUGGUCAAGAUACAUUAGUAAUUACAUUCCUUACGUUAGGAAUUGGCUUGUCAGGAAUACAGUAUGCUGGUUUUGUAGUUAAUUAUCUUGAUAUUGCUCCAACAUUUGCUGGGCCGAUCUUGGGUAUUGGUAAUACAAUUACUUGUAUUUCGGGAAUUAUUGGUCCAAUGAUGGUUUCUGUGCUCACUCCCACGGGCUCACAACAGGAAUGGCAAUUAGUGUUUUGGAUUACUGGUGUUGUACUGGUAACCGGGACUAUUAUUUUUUGUAUAUUUGCUAAAGGUGAGAUUCAACCAUGGGCAUUGGGCGAUGUUGCUGAUGAAGAAGAAUGUGAGCUUAAACACAAGCAACGUAAUAAUUCUGAGAGCUUUUAA